UCCGGGCGGGCCCGCGGGGGGAGCGGAGCUGCUGCGGGAGCGGAGCCUCAGCCCGGCCCGGCCGCCGCCAUGCCCGGCAUCGACAAACUGCCCAUCGAGGAGACGCUGGAGGACAGCCCGCAGACCCGCUCUUUGCUGGGAGUAUUUGAAGAAGAUGCUGCUGCAAUAUCCAAUUACAUCAAUCAGUUAUUUCAAGCCAUGCACAGAAUAUAUGAUGCACAGAAUGAAUUAAGUGCAGCAACUCAUCUGACUUCAAAGCUUCUGAAGGAAUAUGAGAAACAGCGUUUCCCACUGGGGGGAGAUGAUGAAGUCAUGACUUCCACUCUGCAGCAAUUUGCAAAAGUGAUUGAUGAGCUCAGCUCUUGCCAUGCAGUACUUUCAACUCAGCUUGCAGAUGCAAUGAUGUUUCCUAUUACCCAGUUUAAAGAAAGGGAUCUAAAAGAGAUAUUAACUCUAAAAGAAGUUUUCCAAAUUGCAAGCAAUGACCACGAUGCUGCCAUUACCAGAUACAGUCGGUUGUCAAAAAGAAGGGAAAAUGAAAAGAUCAAGGCUGAAGUUACAGAAGAUGUAUAUACUUCCAGGAAAAAACAGCAUCAGACUAUGAUGCAUUAUUUCUGUGCAUUAAAUACUCUCCAGUACAAAAAGAAAAUUUCUCUGCUGGAACCCUUGCUAGGAUACAUGCAAGCUCAGAUAAGCUUUUUUAAAAUGGGGUCAGAAAAUCUUACUGAGCAACUGGAAGAAUUUUUGACCAAUAUUGGCACAAGUGUACAAAAUGUUCGCAGGGAAAUGGAUUGUGAAGUAGAAAACAUGCAACAAACCAUAGAGGACUUGGAAGUGGCAAGUGAUCCACUGUAUUUGCCUGAUCCUGAUCCUACAAAAUUUCCUGUUCAUAGAAAUCUAACACGGAAAGCUGGCUAUCUCAAUGCAAGAAAUAAGACAGGGCUGGUAUCUUCUAGUUGGGAGAGACAGUUUUACUUCACCCAAGGUGGAAAUCUGAUGAGCCAGGCCAGAGGGGACGUAGCUGGGGGACUUGUCAUGGACAUAGACAACUGCUCUGUGAUGGCUGUGGACUGUGAGGACAGACGGUACUGCUUCCAGAUAACAUCUUUUGAUGGCAAAAAGUCUUCAAUCUUACAGGCAGAAAGUAAAAAGGAUUAUGAAGAGUGGAUAUGCACCAUAAACAACAUAUCUAAACAGAUAUAUCUAAGUGAAAACCCUGAGGAAAUGGCUGCUCGUGUCAAUCAGUCAGCCCUGGAGGCUGUCACUCCAUCUCCCUCCUUUCAGCAGAGGCACGAGAGCAUGAGGCCAGCUGUACAAUCUCGUCCUCCUGCAGCUCGUACCAGCAGCACAGGGUCACUGGGAUCUGACUCAGCAGCUUUAUCAGCACUUUCCUUGGAUUCACUUGUUGCCCCUGACACUCCUAUACAGUUUGACAUAAUAUCUCCAGUUAGUGAAGAUCUGCCUGGCCAAGCAAAGUCUUCGGGGCAAUCGAGCAGACGCACAAAUCCUUUUGGUGAAUCUGGAGGCUCAAAAUCUGAAACAGAAGAUUCAAUUCUUCAUCAGUUAUUUAUUGUGAGAUUUCUUGGCUCCAUGGAAGUGAAGUCUGAUGAAAGCCCAGAUGUUGUUUAUGAAACAAUGCGUCAAAUCCUUGCAGCUCGUGCCAUCCAUAAUGUUUUCAGGAUGACAGAAUCACAUUUGUUAGUCACCUGUGACUGUUUAAAGUUAAUUGAUCCACAGACACAAGUUACAAGACUACGAUUCCCUUUGCCCAGUGUAGUUCUCUGUGCUACACACCAGGAGAAUAAACGCCUGUUUGGAUUUGUGCUUAGAACCUCAGGAGGGAGAGCUGAGAGCCGCCAGACUUCCAUCUGCUAUAUAUUUGAAUCAAAUAAUGAAGGGGAAAAGAUUUGUGACUCUGUUGGACUGGCCAAACAGAUAGCUUUUCAUGCAGAACUGGAUCGAAAAGCAACAGAAAAGCAGAAAGAAAUCGAGAGAGUCAAAGAGAAACAACAAAAAGAGCUGAAUAAACAAAAGCAAAUUGAAAAGGACUUGGAGGAGCAGAGCCGGUUGAUAGCUGCUUCCAGCAGAUCCACCCAGAGCAGUGGAGAAGGACAGUUUGUAGUCCUGAGCAGUAGCCAGUCAGAAGACAGUGAUUUAGGAGAAGAUGGAAAGAAGAAGAGAGAAUCCGAAGCCUAAGGCUGCCCACUUCAUUCAAAUUGGAAUCAUGGAUAUAUCUGGUGAAAAGGCACAAGUUCUACAAGAAGUGAAAUGUAGGUGGUGGGUCUGUUGUAUUAUAGAAAAGACUUCUCAAUAUAUAGACCCUAUUAUGCCUUGAUUUUUAUUUCUCAGUUAAGUGAUUUCCAUUUUCCUGUCAGUAUAAUUUCUCUUCCGUAUGCCAGAUGAAGCAUGGUGAUGCUGCCAUGUUUAUUAGAAAUCUGUUUUCUCAAGGCUUCUCUACAGUAUGGAAAAAAAAUGUGGGUUUUUUCCCCACUUACUUCUCUGUGCAAUUAACUGCUUUUGAAGCAAAACUUAAAACUCCCUUGGGCUUCAGCAGUACAUGAAACUCGUUCUAUACACUGCACUAUGGAGAACACCUUGCUGGAAACAGAAGUGAAUGUCCAAAUAAGACAGUGCUAAGCUUUACCCAAUUUGUUGCACAUAACUGUUCUUAGAUUUAGAAAGAAAAAUCCUUAUUAACAUCAGUGAGAUGUGCAAUAGUUCUAGACAGAAGGAUCGUUUCUGUUUCAUUUUGCACUGUAUGAUAUUGCAUUGGGGUCUUUUUGGAGUGAAUAUAAUGCUGAAAGACUUCUUUCAACAGGAGAAAAAGAUACUGUCAGACCUAGAUAAGAGCUGAUGAGAUGCAGUUGAACUUUGCUGCAUGAGGAAAAACAUUCCUCAUCAAAUUAUAGGAGUAAUGUAUAUAGCCUUGUAGCACAAGUGCCAUGUUCUUGGUUUUUCCCCAGUACUUGGAAUAAAGAGCUGUAAGCCUUUGAGUUCACUUUUAUAAAACAUGCUUAGAGUUGCAAGAACAUUUGGAAUUCCAUCAUUUGAAAACUCUUCAGCCUAUGUAAAUGCAUUGAUGCCAGUACACUACAUCUACUGCAAAGGAGUUAAGGCUCUGUAAGUCUUUCUGUAAAAAGCAAUUUUGCAAACAGAAUUUUCCAUUUCUGAAGUAAGAGACAAUGCUAAUCCUACAUCCCAGAGUCAAUCCUGGAAAGCAUUUUUCAAAGCAGUGUCUGUUUACAGCUUGUAAUCUGCACUCCAUAUUCCAUACCCUGUGUAAUAUUUAUUUUGUAUAGUGUUAGAUGUGCAUUCACCUUUUGAUCCAGAAGAGAAAACUUGUUUGAAGAGAAAUAUUUAUUUUUGCACUAAUUACUAUAAAUAUUAAAAUCCAGUGGAACAGAAGAUAGAUAGCUCUCUAAUAGUGGCAUGAAGAUAACAGGAUAUGUAGAGAGAGAAGAAUAUACUUAUACUCCAAGUUAUAAUAUAACAGUUAUGAAUGGUUUACAGUUCAUUGCAGGGCAUUUCUGGUGUUCAGGAAUGGAAGCAAUUUUCAGAGUAUCUCCCCAGCAGCUGGUGAUGGCCCAACCCUUCAUAGCUGGAGCUGCUCAGUGCUGAUGAAGUCAGUGAGGAAUCUCAGGUCACAUCUGUAGGUGCACAGAGGGCUCUCCUUGCACACUGGAGUGCCCUGCACUGGCUAAAGCAGCUCCUCCUGCCCUUGGGGCUGGAGCUGUGACUGUGUGUGCAGGAGUUCACUGAUCACUCCUGAGACAGGAGACAAGGGCAGCAGUGCCUGUCCUUGCAGCAGGACAAGCAGACAAGCAGGAGUUGGAGCAGCUCCCAGCAGAUGUUGGUGGCA